AUGCUUUAUCGCAUGGUAGCUAGGAAUAAUUUCUUCGCGGUCUUUGAUACUACGCUCACCAUGCUGGCGAAAAUAUUCUGUUUACUGCUCGUGAUAUGUUCAGUGCAGAGCCUGCAGUUGGACAGCCAGGCGUCCACGCGACGGCCGAGGGUCACGAAGUACAGCAAGACCACGCUCACGCCCGGCGCCUCAACGGAGGCCGCGACGGAGAGGAGCCUCUUGACGGCCACGUAUCGACUGCUGGGCGGUGGCGGGGAGACCUGUAUUUUACUCACCGUAGACGCCCUCCUCGAUAUAUCAUACCUGACCAAACUUAACGAACGUGCCGACGCCAACACGUUCGUGCCGAACAACGCGAACGUAGCAGGGGUGUGCAAAGAAGGCGACGCUGAGACCCUAGUCCUCUCGUUUAAGGAGUUCUCUCUAGAGUGGUCUUUUGCCAAGACUCCAGGCGGCGAGCGCUGGUAUGUAGAGAGCAUCAGACUGACGUACAACUCGAGCUCCCGUAUACUGGAGCACGCUGCGCAGCAGGGCAGGAGGGUGACACUAAGCACAGGGCCGCGUGCCCUGCUCUUCCCCACGCCAGUCGGCAAGUCAUUCUUCUGUCCCGACGAGACGAUCGUGGAACUGACCGAGGAUGACACGAGCUCUCCCCGAUUCCCUUCAUCGCUGGCCACGCGUCAGAUGCGGCUGCAGGCGUUCAUGUUCAAGCGCGACUGGCGAUGCGGUUCAGGCAUGUUCAAGCGCGACGGCGAGUUCGGCCCGCCGUGGCACUGCACGGACUCGGCGCGCGCGCGCUCCGAGGCGGUGCCGGUGGCGGUGGGCGCGGCGCUCGCGGUCGCCACCGCCGGCACGCUGGUCGGCUACGCGGCGUGGCGCUACCUCAAGGUCAAGAAGGUGCAGUACGACACGAUGGAG